UUUACACUUAAGCACUUAAAUAUCGCGAUAUGGAGUAAGUAAUAGAAUGAAUCAAGUAACUUCAGUUUAAAUAAAAAAUAUACCUAAUUAAAUUAAAACAGAAGGAAAUCCCCACAUCUAAUACAACUAAAACUAAUUACCAUUCAACAGUAUCCGCAACAAGAUCAGUUGUUUAAAACAAGUUCUUGUACAGUUAGUUCAUGUACAAGUUGAAAUCAUUCUGCAGUGCUUUUUUUAAAAAUACUUACUAAAGAAUAUGUUACACCUCCAAAGCCAAAUUAUUUUAGCAUUUUUACUGAAUCUGCCUAGAAAAAGUGAUCAACAAAAUGGCGCAGGAUUCGUCUGGCAGAGUCGCCCUCUGGCUGCCGCGAAUGGCGAACUUUCAAACAUAAUUUUCGACGAUUCAGAGCGAAAUUCAAAGCCUUUUGUACCUGCUCAAGCCAGUAGAUCGAUUAAUUUUGAAAAAGAUUCUUCUGACUUCGUCUUUCCCAGUGACGACAACAACAACAAUCAAAAUUACCCAUUUCAACAACAAACUAACACCAAUACCAAUAAUGAAAAUGAGGGCCGCCAAUUUAUGGGAAACGUCCCCAAUACAACACCCAAUCGACCCGGAAGUCAGGUUUCCGAAAAUGCUAGAAAAAUAUGCGAACAAAAUUGCUUGAGUACGAGCCAGUACGACCCUGUUUGUGGGGAUGAUCAAAAAACAUAUCACAACGAAGGAAAACUGCGGUGUGCCCAAAGGUGUGGCAAAAACGUUCGAAUCAUAUCUAGAGUACCAUGCGGAAAAUAAAUCAAUUAAAAAUGUAAAUUUAACUAAUGAAUUUAAUUUGACAGGGUCAUUUUAUUUAUUUUAUUAAGUAAGUACUGCUGAUAACGUAUUAUACGUAUUUAUUAUUAAUAAUAAUAAAGGUCUACUUAAGAUUUUAUCGCA